UACGAGCAAAAUCAAAGGCAGCUAAUCAAAACUUAAACCCUAGAAAUUCAACCCCUUUUCUUUUUCUUCCAUGGCUGUGACCAUGCAAGAAAAGGAUCCGGAAAACGUUGUAGCUGAAGAAGAAUCACCAAUCGAACAAGUUCGUUUGACUGUCUCAAACGACGAUGAUCCUUCAGUUCCUGUUUGGACAUUUCGCAUGUGGUUCUUAGGACUUUUGUCUUGUGCUCUCCUCUCGUUUCUUAACACUUUCUUCAGUUAUAGAGCAGAACCAUUGGUCAUAACUAUGAUUACUGUUCAGGUGGCGACGUUGCCGCUUGGUCGGAUUAUGGCUAGGGUGUUACCGACGAGGAAAUUUAAGAUUAGAUCGUGGGAAUUCACGUUGAAUCCAGGGCCGUUUAAUAUGAAAGAACAUGUGCUGAUUUCUAUAUUUGCGAAUGCUGGCUCGGCUUUUGGGAAUGGACCUGCUUAUGCUGUUGGAAUUGUGGAUAUUACUAAAGCCUUUUAUUUUAGGAACAUCUCCUUUUUGGCUGGCUGGAUUCUUGUGAUCGCCACCCAGGUUCUGGGAUAUGGCUGGGCAGGAAUUAUGAGGAAAUAUGUGGUAGACCCUGCAGAAAUGUGGUGGCCAAGUAGUCUGGUUCAAGUUUCUCUUUUCAGGGCUCUACAUGAGAAAGAAGAAGGGAAAUCCUCAAGAGGAAAAUUUUUCUUAGUUGUAUUAGCUUGCAGUUUUAUAUGGUACAUUGUUCCUGGUUUUCUCUUCCCAACAUUGUCAAGCUUAUCAUUACUUUGCUUGGCAUUUCCUAAAUCAGUAUUAGCCCAACAAAUUGGUUCAGGAAUGCAUGGCCUUGGAAUUUUUUCCUUCACUUUUGAUUGGGCUACUAUAGCAUCAUACCUUAGUAGCCCUUUAGUUUAUCCUUUCUUUUCCAUUGUCAAUGUCAUAGUUGGCUAUGUUGCAAUUGUCUAUAUACUAAUUCCAUUUUCCUAUUGGGGGUUGAACCUUUACAAUGCCAAGAACUUCCCUCUAUUCUCCGCAGAUUUAUUUAAUGCCCAGGGGCAGGUAUACAAUAUCACAGCUAUUGUUAAUGAUAAGUUUGAGUUAGACAAGGUAUCAUACGCGAAACAUGGACAUAUACAUCUCAGUAUGUUCUUUGCUGUCACUUAUGGCCUGAAUUUUGCAGCUGUUGUAGCUACUCUCACUCAAGUUGCUCUAUUCAACGGAAAGGAAAUAUAUCAGAGAUUCCGAGCCACAUUCAAAGGAAAGCCUGAUAUUCACACAAGGCUUAUGAUGAAAUAUAAGGACAUUCCGAACUGGUGGUUUUACAUAACCCUUGCACUUUCAUUGGCGUUAUCGCUUGUUCUGUGUAUUUUCAUGAAAGAUCAAGUUCAGCUUUCGUGGUGGGGGCUUCUCCUUGCUGCCUUUCUUGCCUUAAUAUUUACCCUACCAAUUAGCAUCAUAACAGCCACGACAAACAUGUCUCCAGGACUAAAUGUGAUCACGGAAUAUAUUAUUGGUAUGAUAAUCCCAGGGUAUCCAAUAGCCAAUGUGUGCUUCAAGACGUUUGGCUAUAUGAGUAUGAGCCAAGCUGUUUCCUUUCUCCAAGAUUUUAAGCUUGGUCAUUAUAUGAAGGUUCCUCCAAGAUCAAUGUUCAUUGUUCAGCUAAUUGGAACCAUACUUGGUGGUACGAUCAAUAUGGGCGUGGCGUGGUGGCUACUUAAUAGCAUUAAACACAUAUGCCAACCUGACUUGCUUCCUCCAAAUAGUCCAUGGACAUGUAAUAGCGAUAGAGUAUUUUUUGAUGCAUCGGUUAUCUGGGGAUUAGUAGGACCAAAGAGAAUAUUUUGGGGAGAUUAUAUUGCCCUAAAUUGGUUCUUUGUUGGAGGGGCAGUGGCACCAAUUUUAGUGUGGGUGUUACACAAAACAUUCCCAAGUCAAAGUUGGAUUAAACUGAUUAAUAUUCCAGUACUUUUAGGGGCAACAGCAGCUAUGCCACCAGCAACAACAUUGAACUUCAACAGCUGGAUUUUCUUUGGAAUAAUGUUCAAUUUUGUGAUUUUCAGAUAUAGAAAGAAGUGGUGGCAGAGGUAUAAUUAUGUGCUAUCGGCAGCAUUAGAUGCAGGAGUGGCUUUAAUGGGAGUGGUUCUGUUUUUCUGCCUUAGUCUUGAGAAUGUUAACUUUUCUUGGUGGGGAACUGGAGGAGAGUAUUGUCAUUUGGCUACUUGUCCUACUGCCAAAGGUAUUUUUGUUGAUGGAUGUCCUUUCACCUGAUUCUACGGAGUAAUUUUUCUUUUUAUUCUUAGGCUCCAGCUCCAUACUGAAUUAGAGAUAUGUUAAUCUUUGCACAUUUUUUUCCUUUUUCUGGCUUAAAAUUUUAUUUCGAAUUA